CUAAUUCAAUACCUCUUAUCACCAUUUAUUCGAUUUGGAAUUUGUUUUGUGUAAUGAAAAUGUUACUCCUUCUCCUGCCGGUCAUUGCUCUUUGUUGCACUUCGCAAGACAAAUACUUCAAGUUGGUGGACUACUAUCCGGGCUCCCAAGACACUAAUGUUAUCCUCACUGCCUCUCAUGAUGGUUGGAUUAAACUUGACUCUAUACCAGAUAGACGCCAGGGUUGCUAUGACAAUAUAACGGACACGUGCGACUGGAGACACGAUUGUCCUGGUGAACACGUGACAGGAAAAUGUAAAGCUACAACUCACUCGGACACACUUUCUUCCGUCCUUGCUAAACAGAUGAGAAAAACAAUAUCAGAUAAAACAGGGAAGACACCUCAUCUGGUGGUCAGUAGACUACACAGAUCCAAACUGGAUCCCAACAGAUUUAAAGAUGAUGCUGCUCAGUAUAACUCUGUAGCUGAGGGAGCUUACGACACUUUCCAUGGGAUAAUUAAACGCGUGCACAACAUCUUGGCUGCAGGAGGGCCGGCAGUUCAUUUUGAUAUCCAUGGUUACAGGGCCCUGUCGUCCCAUAAUACGGACAACUGGACAGAGAUAGGUUACAAUAUCCAGCCAGCACGCCUCAACGCUGAUAACUUCACUGCGGAAGAGUCCUCACUGCGCGCAUUAGCUGCACGUGCAGCAGCACGUGGAAUAGAGUUUGAUAGUCUGGUCCGGGGAGAGGACAGUCUAGGAAAACUGGUUCAAGAGGAGGGGUUUAGAGUUGUACCCUCUCCCGAGUAUCCUCGUCCAGAGAUGGGAAUAAAAGGGAAAUACAUGCGGGGCGGCUACAUUACUAGAAAAUGGGGUUCACUGAAUGGAGGGGAGAUUGACUGCGUUCAGAUUGAGUUCCCACAGUGGAUCAGAGAUGAUUCUGAGUUUUACGGGCCCAAACUUGGCAGUGCCAUGGCAACAUGGAUACAGAAGUAUUAUCCGGGUAAGUACUAGAGAGAAGAAUAUAAUGUUGGAGAAAAUCAGAAUACUCUAGAAUUAAACAAAU